AUGAAGAUAGCUGCAGUGGCUGUUCUGGGCCUGCUGGGGGCACUGUGUCCAUGCUUAAGGGCACAAACAAGCAGUCCCUUAGAUAUUGUCUGGCAAGCUGCAGCUAAUUGGACUGGGCCUCUGCCCUGUGGAAGAUGGGACUGUGAGUGUGCAUAUAGGAGGCCAAAAAGCUGUUGCUGUGUGACUACACCUCUUUUCCAGCUGGAGGAGGAAACCUUCAUGCACAUGGUGGGCCUAUGGAAGAACUUGGAGAGUCUCAAUAACCAGCUUAAGGAGGUUACUGGUAGACGUGAUGUAGCAUUUGUGGCUACAAUGACACCUAUGACUGAGUGUUUUGGACCUUUCAAUAAGAAUGUGCCCAUCUCUUACAGCAAUGUCUCACUCAACCAAGGCUAUGGGUAUAAUCCUGCACUGGGAACGUUCACGGCCCCACGUGCUGGCUUUUACUCCUUCUCCUACACGGUUUACUCUACUUUGGGUGCAGAAGGAGAGCGCAUCUAUCACAAGGUGCAGCUGAUGAAAGACGGCCAGAUGAUAACCUCCUCCUGGGAAGACAACCGUGAGGACUCGGAGGACAGCGCCACACAGACGGUGCUCCUUCAGCUGAAACAAGGCAAUCAGAUUUAUGUCGAGCUGGUGCUCGGAAGGCUUCUCUGUGCAGACACACAGGGCUACAACUCCUUCAGCGGAUACCUGGUCUAUCCACUCUUUAGCAUGUAACAGACAAGUGUAGUAGUUGUGCAGCUCCAGCCAAUAAUGAUAGCACUUGGAGCAUCAUGUUGACUCUGUAUAUCUAGAGAGUACGCAAUAUAACCUACACGUGACCAAGACUCGUUAAACAAAGCAGAUGGUAAUGUGCACGUUCCAUUUAAUGACAUAGUAACUCAUCAGUUCCUGUAUAAAAUAUGUAAUGUAUUGUAAUGAUUUAGUAAUGUGGGCAAUGAAAAAAAACUUUAAAUAAACUUCA